AUGAGCAAUGUUGAAUUCGAAAAGUUUUGUUUACGUCUUGAGCAUGCCGAGGCGUCGGCUAUCACAGGCAACAUACCACCACCGUCCCUAGAUGGCGAGAACCUUGGUGCCACCUUCCAACAGGAACUCGAGGCCGCUCAAACUGAGAUCCCGUACCUCCAGACCAAGCUCAACGAUGCCAUCAUGCGUCUUGAGCUGGAAGGAGCAGAAGUUUGCCAUCUGAGGGAGGUCAUAUCGGGACUCAAUAUUGACCUAGACAACAGAGAUACCCCGGUUGUCAUUGCUCACGAAGCCAAGGUAGCUGCAGAAAUUGCUCUGCAGCAACUCACUGACGAUCUGACAAUUCUCGGGGCUCGUCUUCAAUUCGACGUCUCCAGAGCUUGCCUUCUCACACCCGAAGCCACCAGCCUUGCUGAGAGUGUCGCAAGCAUCCUCAAGGAGAGGGAAGAGAAAGUCCAAUCGGCAUGGGAUCGCAUGAGCAAGAUGUCUGCUGAAAUGGCAGGCAUGAAUGACAUUGAGCGACUUGAGAAGGAGGUGCAGACACCAAGGCUUCGUGUGAGCUUGAAACCGUUCUUCAAAGGUCCUUUCUGUGUUGUAUCUACCUGUCCUUUAGUCCCAGUUCAAACCGACCCAGCCUUCCAGGAACAAUGCGAGGAGCAAACAAACCUCUCUUCUGUGAUAAUUCAACGGAACAUUGAACGCAUGGCCUCCGAGCUUGUUGAAGAAGACGCCCAAGACGCCGAUGCAGACGGUUUGGCCUCCACCGACCUCAGUCAGGUCUCCUCCACCUUGUCCCCCUUCUCUCCUCCGCUUCCGCCACCACCCAGCCCCCCGUGUGUCCAGUCUCAAAACUCGAAGCCACUUUCGGCCCGUGACCGCCGUCGGACGGAUGUGCCAACAUCACACGCCUCAGCACCACCUGUUCUACCCGGCCCCAACCCAGCCUCUUUCCCACACAUGCCGCUCUCCUUGUCAGGUAAGUGGAAGUCCAUUGGGGUAUCCGUCUCCGGUAGUCUUGAUGGCGUGGACCUCCGGUCCAUGGAGAAAUGCAACAAUGAAAACAAGCAAAAUAGCGCCAUUGAGGAAAGACCGGUGCUGGCCAGUUUCCCAGUCAAGGUGCAUGAACACGCCGUAAUGCGAUCCACACUGGAGCCGCGCAGACGUCUGCUGGCAUUUGCGUCUCUUGCUUGA